AUGCCCUUCUACCCCCCAUCAUGGGUUCCUCAGCUUCCAGAGAUCCCCGACUCCAUCUCCUUGGAGACGUUCAUGUUCGACGAGAGAUAUGGUCGCUGUCCGGUGCAACAUUCUCGCGCCUCGUUCACGGAUGGCCUAACCGGCAGGUCCUAUGGUGUUCUGGAGUUGCAGCAGCGCGUUGACCACCUCUCACGCGCCCUAUCCAAGGAACUUGGUUUUGAAGCUCACCAAGGCACAGAGUGGGACAAGGUGGUCGCGUGCUUUAGUCUCAACUCUAUAGACUAUUUAACCUUGGCCUGGGCUGUCCAUCGACUCGGUGGUAUCUUGUCCUGCGUCAACGCCUCGUACAAUGCCAGCGAGCUGGAGUAUCAGCUGAGGGAUUCUGGGGCCAAGGCUGUUUUCACCUGCCUGCCCCUGCUAAAGACAACAAUGGCCGCGGUGGCGAGAAUUGGAAUCCCCGAGGAACGAAUUUUCCUGCACCAACUCGCCCCAUCCGUCACGCCCGGUCUCUCCAACCCCGGCCUCAAAACAACAGACGACUUGAUCAGGGCUGGUGCCAGCUUGCCCUCGUGUAAGCCUGCCGAUGCAUAUUGGAAGAAAGGAGAUGGCGCAAAGAGGAUUGCCUUCCUUUGCUACAGUAGCGGGACCUCUGGCCUUCCCAAGGGCGUCAUGAUUGCACACAGGAACGUUAUUGCUAAUGCCAUUCAGUUCGUGGCUCAUGGACGGCCCAACCGAGAUUCUCUUGAGAAGGAGCUCGGGGUGAGUCGCUACACGGAAAACUGCUUGGGGCUUCUACCAAUGUCGCACAUCUAUGGCCUGAUCGUCAUCUGCCACGUUGGUCCCUAUCGCGGAGACGGAGUUGUCGUUCUACCCCGGUAUGACUUCAAGCUUUUGCUCCACACUAUUCAGGACUUCAAGAUCGAAAUGUUGUACCUUGUCCCACCUAUGGUUCUUCAUGUGGCAAAGCAACCGGACGUCGUCAAACAAUUUGACCUGUCGUCGGUCCGUGCAGUGUUCACGGGAGCUGCGCCCCUGAAGGAGGACACGGCAAAGGACUUUCUAAAGGUCCUACCCAAGGUGGUGCUACUCCAAGGGUAUGGACUCACAGAGACCUCGACCGUUGUCUGCGCAACUAUGCCUCAGGACAUCUUCUUAGGAGGAUCUGGCUCACUCCUACCUGGAUUCGUCGCCCGAAUCUUUACUCCAGAGGGCGAAGAGGUAAAAGAGUACGACCAGCCUGGUGAGCUUUGGGUGCAUUCUCCGUCUGUCGUUGUCGGAUAUCUCAACAACAAGAAAGCGACUGACGAGACUUUCGUAACUGCUGACGAUGGAUUGCGAUACAUGAGAACCGGAGACGAAGUGCUCGUUACCAAGAGUGAGAAGGGCAAUGAGCACAUCUUCGUUACGGACAGAAUCAAGGAGUUAAUCAAAGUCAAAGGACAUCAAGUGGCCCCCGCUGAGCUAGAAGGCCAUCUUCUGACGCACCCGGCCGUGAAUGACUGUGUGGUUAUUGGAGUUGCUGCCGACCGAGAAGGCGAGGUUCCAAAGGCUUUCGUGGUAAAAACCCCAGGCGUCAACGGGGCCGAUGGGGACAUCAUUGAGAGCAUCAUGAAGCAUGUCGCCGACCAUAAGAGUGAUUACAAGCGACUGAGAGGUGGUGUAGAAUUCAUUGACGUGGUUCCGAAAAAUCCAAGCGGGAAGAUCUUGCGACGUUUGAUCAGAGAUAAAGAAAAGGACAAGACAAAGCGCGAGCAGGCCAAGUUUUAA